UUGUCCACCAAUGGAGGAGAAAGGCGGAGUCAGGUGAAGUUUGUAACAACCCCCAAAAACAUCCCACUUGACUUUGGUGUUAGUAUAAGGACGCGGGGACACGCGGCGUGGACACUUUUCUCAAGAAACAACCUCCACUGAUUCACACAAGAAGAUGGAGAAACAGCCACUCCCAACUGAGGAUGACGUGACGGAAACCACGCGGUCAGAGCUUAACGGCUACGCCGGCGAGGAGAACCAGGAGUCCUCAUCUGAGCCUCCUGCCAGAGCAGGGUGGAACAGCAAAGUGGAGUACUUUUUGGCUCAAGUGGGGUUCAGUGUCGGGCUCGGCAACGUCUGGAGGUUUCCGUAUCUGUGCCAUCAGAAUGGAGGAGGUGCUUUCCUCCUCCUCUACGUGCUGCUGAUGAUGGUUGUGGGUAUUCCCUUGUUCUUCCUGGAGCUGGCAGCUGGGCAGGCCAUCCGACAGGGCAGCAUUGGAGUGUGGAAGUACAUCUCACCGAGGCUCGCAGGGAUUGGCUACUCCAGCUGUGUGGUGUGUUUCUUUGUGGCUCUCUACUACAACGUGAUCCUCGCAUGGAGUCUUUUCUAUCUUGGGAACUCAUUUCAGUCCACGUUACCUUGGAAUCAGUGUCCAGUAGAGGGGAAUGUAACCGAAUGUGAGAAGAGCUCCCCCACAUCGUAUUUCUGGUACCGGAGAGCUUUGGAUAUCACAGACUCAAUUGAUGACACGGGCUCCUUCAACCCAUACAUCACCUGCUGCCUUCUGGCAGCCUGGACCAUUGUGUGUCUGGGAAUGUUCAAGGGUAUCAAGACCUCUGUCAAGGUGAUGUAUUUCUCCUCCAUCUUCCCCUACGUGGUGCUCUUCUGCUUCCUUGUCCGAGGACUCAUGCUGGAUGGAGCCUUAGAAGGAGUCACCUACAUGUUCUAUCCUAAGCUGGAGAUUUGGGGUAACAUUCAGGUCUGGCGCCAGGCGGCCACACAGGUUUUCUUUGCUCUGGGUCUUGGCUUUGGAUCUAUUAUUGCCUACUCCUCGUACAAUCCAAAGAAUAACAACUGUCACCGUGACGCUUUCACCGUCUCCACUAUAAACUUCCUCACGUCUAUGUUGGCAACUCUGGUGGUGUUUGCUGUUCUUGGCUUUCGUGCAAAAGUCAAGGUCAUGGUUUGCGUUGUCAGUAAUGUGGAGAAGCUGUCGGAGCAGAUUGGCAGCAGUCAUGUGAACGGAAGAUGGAUGCCAACCUUCAACUACUCUGCUCCCAUUUCGGUGGAUCUCGAACAGUACAGAGCCUGGUUUAAAGAGCAUGGGAAUAAAAUUCCUGGCAAUUUAACAGACUGUGAUCUGGAAAAAGAGAUGCAGAAGGGUGUGGAGGGCACCGGUCUGGCUUUUAUUGCCUUCACAGAAGCCAUGUCACAUCUGCCCGGCAGCCCAUUCUGGUCAGCGCUCUUCUUCCUCAUGUUGCUCAACCUGGGACUCAGCACCAUGUUUGGCACGAUGGAGGGCAUCCUCGCCCCCCUCACUGACCGCUUCAGGACUCUGGCCAACAACAAGACCAAACUCACAAUUUUCACCUGCGUCAUUGGCUUUGUGAUUGGCCUGCUCUUCACCCAGCACUGUGGGAACUACUUUGUGACAAUGUUCGAUGAUUACUCUGCCACGCUGCCACUCAUCAUCGUGGUGGUGUUUGAGACCUUCAGUGUGUCUUGGCUGUACGGAGCGGACAGGUUCCUCGAUGACAUUGAAGAAAUGCUGGGAUGGCGUCCCAGUGUGAUUUACAAAUACCUGUGGAAAUACAUUUGCCUGCUUGCCAUGCUGGGGCUGCUGGGAGCUACUGGCAUUCAGAUGAUCAUCACACCCCCAACUUACAUGGCAUGGAACCAGGAGGAAGCCUCUGAGAAGCACCUGGAUUACCCAGGCUGGGCUCUGGCUGUCCUGGCUGCGCUCAUCAUAUUUGCCAUGAUGCCUAUCCCCGUGGCUCUGAUCCACGCCCUCUUGCAGGAAAGGUCAACACGAUCGUCUAGAGAGGCAGAGACGGCAUUCUACUCUACACCACCUCACACUGCUGUUUACUUCUGCUUGGAGAUGGAAAAUGGAACUGAAAGAUUCCAGUCCCUGAGGUGUAAAAUUGAUCUUGUGAUGCCAUUUGCAAAAAAGGUCGGUUUUUAUAUUCUCUGACACAUCAUUUUUUUUGUAUAAAUAGUUGUUCUAUUUAUCUAAAAUAACCUUAAAUGAGAUUCACUUGAAUUCGUAGACGUAACUGUUGAAUGUAACCAAACCAAACACAAGUCACAACAACACAAAUGUGAGCCUGGACCUUAAAGCGGGACAACACAAGGUCACUGACGUGUGAUUAAGACGGUGAACCCAGGCGCGACACAGACGUCCUUGUUCAACACUACACCUACACACACAGAACAGAAAAAUCUCUUUAUGCUAAACAGAUGUGUCGUAUGAUCCUCUCACUUAUUUUAUUUAAGCAUUAAGAACACCGAGAGACUGUUACACCAAAAAUACAUAAAUGCAUUCAGGAUGACAAGUCUAUGUUCAGAUUACCAGGCUGAUGGCUCUAAAUCCAAAAGUUCAGAAGUAUGUGGUUUCUAGAUCAGAUCUGAUAUGUGGCCAUGCGACAUGAAAGAACAGUCAUAGCAGUGUCCAUCAGGCCGUUUGCCUGUACACGUGCACCAAAUGUCGUUGUUUGACGCUCAGCGCAUGGUGUCAUUGACCUGCACCAAAGACGUGAGGUGAAAUCAAACGAGUGUUUUCUUCUCGGGGCUAAAUCUUGGCUUAGGCUCCUGAUGUCGAUUCAUUGAAUUUCGGUUGUUGAUAACGCAUGUAUUAGAUUAUAGGCGUGUUGUUUGAGAGGACAGAAGAACACUGGUACUCGACCAGGUACGGACAAAAAUCCAGAAAUGAUUGUCAGUUAACGGGGUACAUUUUUUAAAAAAUAUUAUUAUCGUUACUGUUGCUUUAAAAAUACAGUGUAAAUACAGUGUAAACAUCUUUAAAAAAUAGUUGGUUAAUGUGUUAAUAUAAGUGAUCAUAAGUACAAACUUAGAAGUGAUUGAUCGUGAUUGGUCUCCUGUUUCUUCUAAGAUCCGCGGUUAACUAUUUACGGGCGCCCAUUGAAUGCAACACGCAGAUUAUUGAAGCCACACACAGUGAGGAUGUUACCCUUUUCCCCCUCACAACAUCUCAACAUGAACCCCAAUGGUUGGCCUAUGUAAAAACUUAAAUACAGAAGAACUGAUUUGUCUGAAGUGAAAUUAUACUCCUCUGAACAUAGCCCACAGCGGCAGCUGUCGGAUAUAGUGUUCUACAUGUUUACGGCCCAACACGUCCAAGUGCCGCGUUACUGUGACACUCCUUCAGCUUUGUUUGCAGGGUUAGGUUAUGUAUGAUAACAUUUACCUGGUGUUCAGCAUCUAAGCAUUUGUCACUUAACUAGGGCUGCAACAAUCCACAGAUGAACCAUCUGUUACUAAAUAUAAACUCAGCUUCUUCUAUGACAGUAAACUGAGUGUGGACCAAAUAAAACUUGGUGCUUUUUAUCAGGAGAGGUUACAUUUUAAAGGGAAUUCUCGCUCGUGUGCCAUUUCUGUGAUGUCACAACACACCAGCACUUCAGUGUUGUUCUCAGUUUCUCUGUUUGUUUUUUUGCCAAAUGUGUCCAAUGAACUGUUACGCCAUGGUACAAACACUGAGGGGAGAAUAAUAACAUUUUUAGUGUAAGUAUGUAUAUAGCACUUUCCAUUUCUUCAAGAAUAAAUGUUUUAGAAAUGUGAAUCUUUUGCCUUAAGAUGUGAAUCAAGUUGUCUUUGAUAUAUAUGUGUAUAUCAAUUUCUUGGGGGAGAUUUAUGUUUUACUUUGGGCUUGAAAGGAAACUCAAGUGCAUGUUUAUUCCCUAAAGGCCUCACACCAGAGAUUUAUUUUUCAUCAUUGUUUCAAUCAUUGUUUUCUCAUAUUUUCUCUUUAGUGUUUUUUAAAAUCUUGGUAUUAUGGAGUGCCUUCAAACUGAACAAAGUGUUAAACAUUCCAGCGUUGUUUGUUUUCAAAGUGUUUCACAUCUGUACAAAAAGAUUUAAUUUUACUGUAUAUAUAUAUGUUGUCUUUUUAAUUAAAAUAUUUGAGCAUGA